AUGGCAGACAAAGCCGGCAGAGUAGUGUUUAUUGGAAACAUCCCUUAUGGCCUCACGGAAGAACAAAUCAUCCACAUAUUUGGACAGGUUGGCCAAGUUCUAAAUUUUCGACUUGUCUACGACAACGAUACCGGCAAGCCAAAAGGUUUUGGUUUCGCUGAAUUCGCAGACACAGAUGCUGCUGCAUCUGCAGUCCGCAAUCUCAACAAUCACGAAAUAAUGGGACGUGAGCUGCGCGUGGACUUUUCGCAUGUGGGGGGCAAGGACGAUGGGGCUCCAUCAGGAUACAACGCGCAGCACCCUCCACAGAACCCACCGCCUAAUGGGUACCAACCUCCAGUACCAGGCGGUCUACCUCCUCUACCACCAGGCGUUGAUCUUCAACCAAACAUCACGUGCCCUGAUGCCAUAUCAAAAACCCUGUCUACCCUCCCAGCACCCCAGCUGCUCGACAUUCUCUCGCAAAUGAAAGGACUUGUGAUGGGCGACCCAGCUAAAGCCACUGAGCUUCUCAAACAAGCACCCCAGCUUGCCUACGCGAUAUUUCAAGCACUGCUGCUUAUGGGCUUAGUCGACACUUCGGUCCUAGGUUCAGUGGUCGAACAAGCGUCGCAUCCAGUACAACCUCCAGCACACCCGGUUCCUCCUCGCCAAGCUCCAAAUUAUCAGCCCCCUCCAGUGCAGCAGGCUUACCCUCAGUACCCGCCGAUAUCGGGUCAGAUGCACGUGCCCACGCCACCAGUACACAACCAGCUAUACCAGCCCCCACCAGCACCGCCACCGCCACUGCCUCCGCAGCAGCAGCCAGCUAAUCAAGAAGAACUAUUGCAGCAGAUCCUCAACAUGCCCCAGCAGCAGAUCGACCAGUUAGCUCCAGCAGAUAGAGCUCAGAUCAUGGCAGUGAGACAGCAGCUAAGAGGGUUCUAA